UGAUAACCGGCAGCGCCAUCGAUACCGGAUGCGGCCGAGAGCAGCAUCUGGGGCUUCGCAAUCGUAGAUCCAUCCAUGAUCUCGAGUUCAGAUCAAAGGCAUACAAUUACAUCAACACUAACCACUUGACUCCGUUCAACCUCCUCUGCGUCAAAGAGAUACUGCCGACAAACCAUCAUCAACAUGCUCACAAACCUCAUCCCGCUGCUAGCUCUGCUGGCCCUGGCGCCCAGCUCGAUCACCGCCUCGCCCAUGAUCGCCAACGCCCCUUCGCAGUCCGCUCUCCAAGCUCCUUCCCCGCACGAGCUCUUCCGAUCCGCCCUCUUGACGGACGACCAAUCUUCACACAUCAGGAACGCAAUGUACGAGUGGAAGGAAGACGGGUUCGAUCUCGACCUGAAGGAGAAGAGGUUGAUCAGGUUUGGAGAGGAUGAGGUGCCCGUCUGGAUGACCGAAUUGGAGAAGAUCGAGGCCAAGGCCAAGGGUCUUAAAUUCAUGGAUAUCACUGAUCACCCCGAUCUUGGUUUCGCAUCGUUGAUCUCGCCCGGAGGCAAGCAUCAAAAGGUGUUUGAAUACCCUUCGCCUUCCAAGGCCAACAGCACGACCAACAAUUACAUCCACUCCCUCUUCCCCAGCAUUUCAACCGACUCGAUGCGCACCUUCCUCGGCCACUUUUCCGGCGGUUUCCGAACCCGGUAUUACAAGUCGUCCACCGGUGCCGAGUCGUCCAGGUGGUUGCAGAGCAAGGUCGAAGAGUUUGCCAAGCUGAACAAGGCCACGAAAGUCAGCGUGAGGGCGUUUCAACAUCCUUGGGGACAGAGCAGUAUUAUCGCUAGGUUCCCGGCGGCUGGGAAGAAGGACAAGAAGAGGAGCGUCGUCGUCGUCGGGGCUCAUCAGGACAGUACCAACUUGUGGCCAUUCUUGCCUGCUCCCGGAGCCGACGAUGAUGGGUCGGGCACGACCUCGACCAUCCACGCCUUCAAGGCGCUAAACGAAGCCGGCUACGUACCUACGGAAAGCGACCUCGAGUUCCACUGGUUCAGCGCCGAAGAGGGCGGUCUCCUCGGGUCUCAAGCGAUCGCCAAGGAAUACGAAGCCGAGGGCGUCGUUGUCAAGGCCAUGGUCCAGAUGGACAUGACCGCCUGGGUAAAGAAGGGGACCGAGGAGGUCGUAGGAAUCAUCACCGACUUUGUGGACCCGGCCUUGAGCGAGUUUAUGACCAAGGCUGUUGGCGCUUAUCUUGAUAUUCCUGCCGUUCCUACCAAGUGCGGUUAUGCUUGCUCGGACCACGCUAGUUUCUCUCAGGCUGGAUACCAAUCCGCUUUCACCAUCGAAUCGACCUUUGCCGACUCGGACAAGCUGAUCCACUCUACCGGGGAUACUACCGAGCACGAAGAGUUCUCUUUCAACCAUAUGAAGGAGUUUUCAAAGCUGGCUAUCGCGUUCGGAGUCGAGCUGGCUGGGUACGAGGGCAAGUGAGCGAGGGGGAAGUAUCCCGGCUGAUCGCAAUCUCAGCAGCCAAGGGAAUGAAGGAGGAUGGAGAGGGGAGCUUGUAUAAGUGACUGAGGGAUGGCGAGGACGUUUUGCAUUCGGUCUUAGGUCGAGAGUAGGGAUUUAUGUGUAGUAUAUAGUUGUCAUGAUGCAUCACAGUCUUGUAGA